AUGUCGGCUCGACCGGCGACAAACAGCAUAUACUAUAAGGGCGGGGGGGCUAACAACCACCAUGUGCAGCUGGGAGAGCGCCGCCAGAGAACCAGGAAGAGUAAAAUAAGAGUCAGAUUCGAUAACUGGAUGGUCAAUGAAGGGCCACGGCAGAUCUUCACAGUCUUAUGGUUGGCGAUACAGGUCGCCUACUUCGCCAUCUCGUACCAACAACUAUGGACCGCCAGCAACCUCACGACGUUCCGGUCCGUGCUCGGCCACGGGCUACCCACCGCUCGUGCAGCAGCGAACGUGAUCAAUUUGAACUGUGCGAUUCUCCUGUUCACAGUGUGCAGGAACUUGAUCUCGAUGGUCAGGACGACGAUUCUCAACAAAUACGUGCCGUUUGACAAGAACAUCACGUUCCAUAUUGUCAUUGCGUGGUGUAUUGUGUUUUGGACCUACAUUCACGUUGUGGCGCAUUACUUCAAUUACCUGUAUGUGGAGCAGGCUUUGGGACCGGCGAAGACGGCCCGCGGUCUGGCUUGGUUGUCGGGUCCUGGAUGGACUGGUCAAAUCAUCACGGUGUCCUUCUUCUUGAUGGUGACAUCAGCACUGGAAGGCGUGCGAAGGAAGUACUUUGAGAUGUUCUGGUUCACGCACCAUCUCUUCAUUGUCUUUUUCGGCGGUCUCCUCAUGCACGGCGCCUUCUGCUUCAUCAAAGCCGACAUCCCCGCCGACGGCAACAAGAACGUCGACCUCUGCCGUGGCGGACCGACCUUCUGGAAGUGGUGGGUCCUCUCCGGCGCCGCCUACCUCCUCGAACGCGUGCUCCGCGAAGCCCGGGGCCGCAGAAAGACCUACAUUUCCAAAGUUGUGCAGCACCCUUCCAAAGUCGUCGAGAUCCAAAUCAAAAAACCGUCCUGCCUCACAAAAGCGGGGCAGUACAUCUUCAUCUGCUGCCCCGAGAUUGGCAACUUUGAGUGGCACCCGUUCACCCUUACCUCCUCCCCACACGAGGAAUUCAUCUCCAUCCACAUCCGCGUCGUCGGCGACUGGACCACCAAAUUCGCCAAACGCUGCGGCUGCCGCUUCGGCGACGCCGACGAAGCCGGCAUGGCCGCGCCCACUUCCCUCCCUUUCAUCAUGAUCGACGGCCCCUACGGCUCGGCCUCCGAAGACGUCUUCGAAUACGAAGCCGCCAUCCUCGUCGGUGCCGGUAUCGGCGUCACCCCCUUCGCCUCGAUCCUCAAAACCGUCUGGUACCGCAUCAACAACCCCACCGGCAUGGUCAGCCUGAAAAAAGUCUACUUCUUCUGGGUAUGCCGCGACAAGGACGCCUUUGAAUGGUUCCAGGACCUCCUCAUGACCCUCGAGGAGGAAAACAUCGACGGGUUCCUCGAGAUCCACACCUACCUCACCGGGGGGCUCAAGAUCGACGAGGUCAAGAAUAUCAUUGUUAAUGACGAGGAAGGGGUGUCUGACGCGAUUACGGGUUUGAGGGCGCCGACGAACUAUGGAAGACCGAAUUGGGACGCGAUUUUCAAGAUGGUUAGGAGUAAUCACCCGGGGACGGAUGUGGGCGUGAUGUUCUGUGGACCGAAGGUGUUGAGUGGGGCGCUGCAUAAGGCGUGUAAUAGGUGGACGGAGGCGACGGAGAAUGGGACGAGGUUCUUCUAUGGGAAAGGUGAGACUUUCACGUUCCGUUUCGGGGGUAUAUUGUUUGAUGAACAUGUAAGCUGA